UCGUCAAGCCCGCCGACGUCAAGCUCCUCGUCGCCCAAAAUGAAGUUCAACCCGGACGUUUCCUCCUCGCGGCGCAAGGCCCGCAAGGCGCACUUCGACGCGCCUUCGUCCGUCCGGCGCAAGAUCAUGUCCUCGUCCCUGUCGAAGGAGCUCCGCGGCAAGCACAAUACGCGUUCCCUCCCCAUCCGCAAGGAUGACGAGGUCCGCAUUGUGCGCGGCAAGUACAAGGGUCGGGAGGGCAAGGUCACCCAGGUCUACAGGAAGAAAUGGGUUAUCCACGUCGACCGUGUCCAGCGGGACAAGUCUAACGGCUCAACUGCCCCGAUCGGCAUCCACCCCAGCAACGUUGUCAUCACCACCAUCAAGCUUGACAAGGACAGGCGGGCGAUCUUGGAGCGCAAGGACAGGAAGAAGAACACGAGCCAGGAUGUCGAGAUGGUCGACUAAUCGCAUAUCUUUCUGUGUCUUUUAUGAUCUGGUAUCACUUGCGGUCUACUCUGCAAAUCACCUAUGUACCCAUGCCCCCCAAUCAUAUGCUGCAUGAUAGGCCUUUUGAGGUUAGACAUCCGAGUGAUCGAGCUCCCGCGCAGGUCUCCGC